AUGGAUGUAGAAAAUCGGGAGGAUGUUAGAGAGAGAGAGACAAGAGGCGGGAGCGCAAGGGAGGAGAGGGGAGAUCGGAAUUUAGGGUUUUGAAAUUCGCCGGGAAAUUUUGGAAGGGAGCGGCGAGGAAGAAGAAGAAGAGUGGUGUGUGAGAGAUUCUAGAGAGAGAGAGAGUGUUUGUUGUGAUUCUACGAGAGUCGAGAGCGAUACCAAUUACCUCCAUUAGCACCAAUCCUUCGAGUGUGAUAGAGUGUAUUUUUGCCAUCCUAAGCUUCCAAUUCUUCGUAAUUUCCUGAUGGAGCGAAAGCUUGUGGUUCUGGGUAUUCCGUGGGAAGUGGAUACCGAUGGUUUGAGGGACUAUAUGAGCAAGUUCGGGGAUUUGGAGGACUGCAUUGUCAUGAAGGAGCGGGCUUCGGGUCGAUCUCGUGGUUUUGGCUAUGUCACCUUUGCAUCGAUGGAAGAUGCCAAGAACGCAUUAGAGAGUGAACACUACAUGGGGAAAAGAAUGUUGGAAGUUAAAGUGGCAACACCAAAGGAGGAGAUGAGAGCCCCUUCCAAGAAGGCAACGAGAAUUUUUGUUGCUCGGAUCCCACCAUCUGCAACAGAAGGAGCUUUCCGUAGUCAUUUUGAGAGAUAUGGUGACAUAAUAGACUUGUACAUGCCAAAGGAUCACAGUUCAAAAACCCAUCGUGGAAUUGGGUUUAUCACAUUUGCUAGCUCAGAAUCCGUGGAUAGUUUGAUGGCGGACACACAUGAAUUGGGUGGUUCCACAAUUGUUGUUGACCGAGCAACACCUAAGGAAGAUGAUUUCAGGCCGGCAGGAAGAGUGCCAGCAGCAGCGCAUGGUGGCUACGGUGCAUAUAAUGCUUAUAUUUCUGCUGCAACUAGAUAUGCAGCCCUUGGUGCUCCUACCUUGUAUGACCAUCCAGGCCCGCUCUAUGGAAGAGCGGAACCACCAUCUAGGGGAGUUGGGAAAAAGAUAUUUGUUGGAAGGCUUCCUCAAGAGGCAACUGCUGAAGAUCUGCGUCUAUAUUUUGGCAGAUUUGGCCAUAUAAUGGAUGUUUACGUCCCAAAGGACCCUAAGAGAAGCGGUCAUAGAGGUUUCGGGUUUGUCACCUUUUCUGAAGACGGUGUGGCAGAUCGUGUAUCUCGAAGGUCUCAUGAGAUUUGUGGGCAUCAGGUCGCUAUUGAUUCUGCCAGUCCACUUGAUGAUGCCGGUCCCAGUACAAGCUAUGUGAUGCCUGGAGCUGAAGUUCUGGGUGGUUAUGGUGGUCCUAUGCGCAGCUUUGGUAGAAUGUAUGGAAACCUGAGCUUUGAAGACAUGGGAUGGGGGUACGGCAUGGGUGCUGGAAGACAGUCGUCAAGAGCAGAUUGGAGGUUCAGACCUUAUUAAGUCCCAGCAUCCCUGAGCAAAACUUCAUGUGCUUCAUUGAUUAGAGUUUACUCAGAAGGCAGAAUAAUAGCUUGAUGAAUCCCCAUUAGAUUGAUCUCUUGUGCUUGUAUUUGAUUUCUUCCGGAUAGCCGAUUAAUGUUGACCAUGGACAUGAUCGAAUCUUUCUGACUUCAAUAAUGUACAUUAUAAUUAUAUGACCAUUUGAUCAGGUUGACUGUAUUGUAGACUUGUAGUGUAGCUGUAAGCCCAGAUGUCUUUUUGAACUAGUUGUGCGACAUGAACAAAAGCUUCAUGGAUAAAGUAUGACUGAGUUCUGAGAAUUGAUUGCUGUUAAAUCCUACUAGCAGUAUACAUAAUGGUCAUACGGCUCUGUACUUAUAAAGUCACUACAUUGAUACUAGUUUCUUGGCUUAAGCGAAGACAAGAAAAGAGACUAGAAAACAUGGCAGGUGAAGCAGCAUCUCAUGGAACGAAACCGAGGGUACUUGGACUUUGAUUUGGAUUUCCGAGAUCUUUUAGGGAUUUGUUGCUCCUGCGUGCUAGACAUUGAGCUUCUCAUUUGCUGAGCUUUCAUUUGUGCCGUUGUCAGUUUCGUCAAGAUCUUGUCCAUUGAUGAUGAUCUCUUCCUCUCGAGUUUCAUCUCGAGCUUUCGCAUCUCAGCCUCGGCUUUUGCCUUCUGCAAGUUCUCCCAUGCUGUGAUUUUGGCUUCCUCUCUUUGGAUCUUUGAGAAGUCUGAAACUGCCUCAGUGAUAUCCCAAGAACAACUGUUAGCAAGAGCCAUGGCAUUGUGAUGGAAUUCCGCGGGAGGUGGCAAUCUUUUCUGGACUGUAGAAGCAGAAGAACGCUUUGUGGACCAACUUGUUACAGUAGCCUUCUUAUCAACCUGCACUUCCCUGAUCUCCAUUUUACAAGGAUGCUCUCUACUUCCUGAAUCUAAAAUAGCUAGUGGAGAAGACCUCCUUGGAGAUGAGUGGUUGCUUUUGCUAUCUGGACUCAUUUGGGUUGCCAUAUCCCUUCUUGAAACAACACGACUAACAGUAUUUUCUUCAUUGAUCAUAUCCUCUUCUACUCUCUCAUCUGUGUCAACGAAAUAUACUGCCACUUUAACCGUCAGAGAUAAAACCCUAGGAAAAUGUAGACGAACCGAAACACAAAUUACUCCAGACAUAACUUUUAACCAGCUAAUCUCCUGUGGGCAUCAACUACAUGUAUAGAUAGAUCUUGGAAAGGCAACAUCUAAGUUCAACAGAUUAUGAAUCACACCACCGAAAAACGUAAAAGACUGCAGCUUUUUACUCGAGCUCGUUAUUAUGAUCCAUUCCCAUGUUCCACAUCUCAAAUUACAUCAUUGCGGCUAAAGAAAAAAGGAGAAGGAAGAGGGGCAGUUUACCUCCUGGGGAGCUAGGCAGUGAAGAAUCACUGACCAAAUCUGACCAAACAGGGACACUAACUGACCUCGAGACAUCGCCUCUCCCACCACCACCACCGACACCAACACCAUGAUUCCUUCCCCCACCAGCUCCAUAAUGCAAGCCGACACCAUUAGGCAUCAAGACCCCAGUGGAAAAGGGCGAAUUGACCACGAAAUUUCUCAGAGACCCAGCGUCGAGCACCUGGAGCGCAGGCGAACAGUUGGAGUAAUGCACCACGCCAGGGGCCACAAUCGGCCCACUCUUCGACUUGGGUCGCUUCUGAAACUGAGCCUGAGACUGAAGAUGAUGAUGAGACUCGCUCCCGGCGCCGUGACCCAUCACCGGGCUGCUGACCCACCGCUCGGCGUCCUCCCAUUUGGACGGCACCGCCCUCCCGCUGUAAAACGGGGUCAGCCCAGUAAUCCCCCGCUGCCGGGCGGCCGCCGACGAGGGAUGCGGCACCCGCUCCGAGCACCACCCUUUGUUGCUGCUGUCCUGGUAAUAGCUUCUCGCCGCCGCCUGGCCGGGGAUUGGGAAUGCGCCUAGGCUCUGAGAAGAAGCCAGAUUCUUGUGCUUCCUCAUGGUUUUCCCCUCUUGUGUUGUUAUCAAUCCAUGGAUUCUGAGCUUGGAUUGUGAUGCUUUUAGGAGGAAGAGUGGUGAAUAUUACUAGAUUUAUGGGUUUAGUGGAGACAAGAUCGGAGUUUUAUAUUGAGUGAGCUAGUAGCCAUAGCUGCAGCUGCUGCUGCUGGUCUCUCUGUGACUGUGCUGUACUUUUGGGUUGCCGGGUUCGGUCGAGUUUCCCAUUGGGUGGAUUCGUAAAGGACAAAAGCUGCAUCGGUGGCUGGUUUGAUUGGUCUAAAUCUCUCUCCUUUUG